AUGAGCAGUAUGAAACGCCAUGAUAUACCACGACCAAGUCCACUCCGCCAUCAUAGUUGCAACUUACCAUAUGAAGCUAUCGAACCAUCACUCCAUGAAAUGGGAAAUACAAAAUUGAACAAAUUCAUGGAGUUUAUUCAACAACAAUCAGAAGGUAUCGAAAAACACAAACGCUUUGAGAUAUACGAAAGGGAAGAGAUUGUUCAUGCACAGCCAAUCUAUAACCAAUCCCAUGAAGAAGUCACUCAAAUGGAAGAAAGAGACAAAGCCAUAUCAAAGCAACUUGCAAAGAUACACGCUCUUACAUAUGCCUUAGAACAAGAGCAGAAAUGCAUUAGGCUUACUUUGAGAAAAUAG